GUUGGUUCACAUGGUCUCCAGCGAUCGGCAGACUUUCCUCACAUCUAACUAAACAAGAUCCCUCCGCUGAGAAGGCAUCUGGGUGUAACAGACACUGAAGGCGACCUCGGGAGGGCUGAGAAAGAUUGCCCACUCAGCGCACCGAGAGCACUUCAAGCAACCGACACUUCAGGCACCUGGCGGGGAAACCCCCUGCCUUAACAUUUCUCUGCUAGGUUUCAAAGGAAUUGUUAUGACAUCGAUCUGUUGACAAGGGACGAAAAUACUCAAGUAUUAAAAAGUUCACGGUGAAGUUUGGGGAGUGAGAGCACCUGCUUGUCGUUUGAUUUUUUUUGUUGUUGUCGCUAUGUCUAAGCCUGCGGAUCACGUUAAACGCCCAAUGAACGCUUUCAUGGUCUGGUCCAGGGCGCAAAGGAGGAAAAUGGCCCAGGAAAACCCUAAAAUGCACAAUUCGGAAAUCAGCAAGAGACUGGGCGCGGAGUGGAAACUUUUAACAGAAUCUGAAAAGAGACCUUUCAUUGACGAGGCCAAACGGCUCAGAGCGCUGCACAUGAAGGAGCACCCGGAUUACAAGUAUCGACCCAGGCGCAAGCCUAAGACCUUGCUAAAGAAAGACAAGUUCGCUUUUCCCAUGCCUUACCUGGCGGAUCAGGAAGGGCUCAAGUCGGCCGCCCUGUCCGCCAGCGUUCUGCCAGAUUCCUUGCUCAGUUCGACCGAGAAAGCCAGGCUUUUUUUCCCGCAUGCGACGGCGAACCCGUACUCACUCUUCGAGGCGAGCCACCUGGGCUCCAAAAUGACCGAGAUCGCGCCCACCUCUCUGGCUUCCUUGCAAUACGCCUCUCCAUUAGCUUACCAAGUGGAGCGAGUGCUGCGGCGGGCCGCGGCUGCUGCGGCGGCGCCUUCGGCGGGGCUUCACACUCACACCCACCCGUCGCCGGGCAAUCCAGGCUACUUGCUGCCGUGCAAUUGCACCGGCUGGCCAGCUUCAGGACUGCAGCCCCCCCUCGCCUACAUCCUUCUCCCGGGGAUGAGCAAACCUACACUGGAACCCUACCCUGCCUAUGCAACUGCAUUAUGACAGGAAGCAAAAAGUUUCGUUUGAAGCAAACUGUGUGUUACAUUUAAAGGAAAAGUAUUCAACAACUAAGAUAGUUUGCCAACAGCUGUGUUAUGCGAUUAUUUGGAAUGAAUAGUUUCCCAGACAAUUGUUCUCAGAUCAUUGCCUGAAAAAAAAUCGUUUUGGGAAGACGAGGAACGACUGUAAUUGUUUGUAACAGACGACAGACCAUCGAUCCUAUCCUGGUGCUUGUGCGCCUGUAUUUAUGUAUUUCGAAACAUAGACUUGGAUGAACAAAUACUGCGCUUUCUCAUCCUAUCAGGAGGCCACGAAAAGUCAAAGGAAAUACUGUAAAUGUACAAAAAUGAUAGCAGUGGAUGAAUUCCUGAAUGUUUCAUACAAUUAUACACAGUCCUAGAAGUUUCAAUUUUGUUCAUCUGUAAUGUACUUCGGCAAAAUCUAAACUCAAGACAUUCAAUCAAAUUGUAAAUGUGUGUAAAAAAAAUCACUGUUGCUCUGUCUAUAGUUGUGCAUACAUCACGAAACACGUGAACACGAUGAACAACCAUCCAGGCAACAAUAAGAAAGGACUGUACAUUUGUAAAUAUUGUAGGUUUUAUUCUGCGGGUUGCGACCUAGUGUUUCUUUCAUUCAACAUGCCAAAUGGGCGAACUGUAGAGCUGAAGCCACGCGAAUCACUACACACGGACGAUACAAUUUACUUAAAAGUCUGAACCGGAUUGUAAAUUUGUACAUUUCAGUGUUCGCUGUUGCAUGUUUAAUGCUCAUUUUAUAUUUUCCCCUCCCACGACCUUUAGCUUGGUCUUGGGUUUAAUGUAAACUUACCUAAAAAUAUAACCGGGCUCCGAGCAACACAAAAUAAGAUAUCGAGAGGGACUAUUUCAGUUUGAAGCGGUCAUUGUGCUGACUGCCAAUAUUUGUAUUUAUUGCUUAGGUAGACAAUUAUUUUUGCAUUUUAUCCCUCGGAUAUUGGACUAUUUCUGUCCUUUCGAGUAAUGUUUGCACAUUAAAAAGGUAGUAUCCGGCCCUUAACGGUCAAUAUAAUCUAAAGAUCAAAAAAGUGCGAAUAAGUAGAACUAUACAUAAAAUACCAAGUGCACUAUAGCCCAUAGAAUAGCUAUUACAGUUAAAAGUUCUUCACUGUAGUGCUGUGUGGGGUAGAGCAGGACGACCUCUGACACUGCCAUCUAGUGCUAUUCUUCGUAUUAGUAUUAGUAUUAGUACUUCCGAGUCAUAACUAUUAUUGAAUCUUUUUUUUAUCUCGAAUUUAAAAUGGCACACAACUUUGACGAUUACGAGUUAAAGAUAUGCCGUUGAUCGUCAUUGACAAAUAUAAUCUGUUUUAAAUCAUAAUUUGAUUUUUAUCAACACAUAAUAUCAAGACAUCGGCAAUUAUAUAUAAAAAAAACAUAAGUGUUAUCUAAUAUCUGUGAAUUUUGGUGCGGAGUCUAGCAUUUUGUUUUAUCCCGUUGCUUGUUUACAAACAGCAAUAAAUAGCGCCAUUGCCGUAAAUUUACUUUUCGUUUUUUUUUUAAAGUCCAAAUGAUUUCAAUAUACCUGUUACGUUGUUUGCCGUUAUGUGUAUUUCAAACGUUGCGUGGUCACAGCAUGUUAUUUCAUAAAAUAUUGGCGUUUCUGUAAACAGAAAAUACUUUUUAAUUAUGCAUUUUUGACGAAUCUUUAUGAAGUUUUAAAAAGUGUAAUAUUUUGUUUUUUUUUAAUUUAAUAGUAGACGAUGAACAUUCCUGUAAAUUUUAGGGUCUGAUUCUACCCUGUUCAUUUC